GAAUCUAGAUGCAGCUAGCUCUGGAUACAGUCUCUGCAGUCACUAUUGCAAAGCAUGAAACUAAAUCUACUUAUUGUGUGCAGCUUACUCUUUGCCUUGCAAAAGGUGCAGUGUACAGGCUCUGGUGGCUCCCCUCUACCGAGAGCCAGUGCUAAGCCUGUCAAUGUGGACCCAAAGCUCGACUGUGCCGUCAAGGAGCUGGCUUGGGACUUUGCCAACCAACUUCUAACUGAACAGCCAAACAGUCAAGUACAUUACGCCUACGAUGCACUGCAAUUAGCAACUUGUAACAUUCCACCAGUUCCAAAAAGCUCCAAAAAACCUCUCCUGUCUGAAAAUAAAGCUCUGAAAAGUAGCAAUCCUGACAUUACUGUUUAUGUUGACUCUAACAGUGGAGAUGACAACAACCCUGGAACUUCUGACAAACCAGUGAAAACUGUUUACCAUGCUGUCGACUUGUAUCGAGGUCAAAAGACCAAGCUGACAGACGAAGGAAUGAUUAUACUGGCCCCCGGAGAUUACUACCUAACUGAUACACUUGAUCUAGGACAUGAUGAUAGCCACCUUACCAUUCAAGGAGAUAAAUCGAAGCCAACACUCAUAAGUGGAGGAAAACAAUACACUUUCCAGUGGAACCAAUAUGUAAAAAGAAUGGAACCACAGAUGAACGGAAUAAAUGCUAUCAAUGGGGCAGUUUUAAAUCCAGGUGAUAGUAGUUCAAUGGCAACAUUUUUUGGCAGUAUGAACAGUGCUGAUGACUGCCAAAACGCGUGUGCCCAGGAAAACACUUGCUUUGCCUACACAUGGCAUGGGCCUUCAACAGGAGCCUUUGCAAAGAUGUGCUACUUCAGAGCUGAUGGACUAUGGGUACCCACAACAGACCAAGGUCACAUCAGUGGCAAGAAACUCAACAUAAUGGUGGCAGACCUCAGCAAGCAAGCCCCAACUCCUUUCACCUCGUUAUUUAUAAAUGGACGAAGAGCUGUGCGUGCUCGAUAUCCAGAUGGGAACCCAGAAACUAUGGGUCUCCACACAAAUCCGACUGGCUACGUGUCCAAAGCUGAUUCCUGGAUGCCACCACAAAAUAAAGGCAAACCUGAAGAGAUACAUAUUGAAAGUCCAGAAAGAAAUGGAACACAUUUCCCACAGUUUCAAAUUGGAAUUGGUGGGCCUGUAUCUGUUUUUGACCCCCCAGAGUCUUACUGGGGUACGACGCAUCCCACUGGAGGGGGUGGUUCAACAUACAUCAUCUCAACGGGGCUGGUUUACUCUACUCAGGAAGGAUUCGUUAAUCGCACAUGGACACAUCCAGAAACGGGAGUAAUACAUGCGUUUCACUGUGGACACUGGGGAAACUGGCAGUUUGCAGUGAAAGGAAGGGACAACACCAAGCGAGAGAUUCAGUUUGACUAUGGUGGGUAUCAAGAGGCCAGAGGCUGUAAAAGAGGUGCUGAAUGGUACGUUGAGAACAUUUUUGAAGAGUUGGACGCUCCUGGAGAAUGGUUUUACAAUGAAACGGAAAUGAAACUUUAUCUUUAUCCAAAUGGCACUUUACCUACAAAUGGUAUAGGAACUGUUCUCAAGAGACUAUUCAAUGUAAAAGGAUCAAUGGAUUUACCCGUCUCUGAUAUUGCCUUCGUGAAUAUUACAUUUGCUCACACUCAACCAACGUAUUUUGAUUCGUACGAGGUUCCCAGCGGAGGAGACUGGUCCAUUCACAGAGGAGGGGCUGUGUUUGCAGAAGGUGUCGAGAGUUUAACAAUUCACAGCUGUCGAUUUGACUCACCUGGUGGAAACGCCAUCUUCCUUAGCAACUACAUGAGGAACACUAGCAUUAAAAAUAAUGAAUUUUUUCUCACAGGUGACAGCGCAAUUGCUUCGGUUGGCUCAACACAAUUAAUCGAUGGAACAAAUGGCAACCAACCUCGUGGAAAUGUUAUUGCCAACAAUGUGAUGCGAGAGAUUGGAAUAUUCGGCAAGCAAACUUCAGCAUACAUUCAGGCUCUCACUGCUCAAACUACAUUCUCUAACAAUGUGUUCUUCAAUGGACCUCGAGCUGGUAUCAAUUUUAAUGACGGACUCGGAGGAGGUCACAAUGUAGUUCGUAACCUGGGUUUCAACAUGGUUCGCGAGACUGGCGAUCAUGGACCAUUUAACUCGUGGGACAGACAACCAUAUCUCACAAAGGUGAAGGAUGGAAUGACUCCGUCUCUACAACCAGCCACUACUAAUCUGACGCAAAACUUUCUCAUAAAUAACUAUCACUCCACUUUCCCAAUAGAUCAUGACGAUGGCUCCUGUUACUAUUACGACACGUACAAUUUCCUCAUAUAUGGAGGCUACAAGAACUACCUUGGACACACAAAAGUAGUCAAGUACAACCUGUAUAUAUAUCCUGACGCAGUGCACAGCUUGAUGUUAGAAGGUGUUGAUGGAUUCUUCUCCAAGCCCUUCUGUGCUACUAGCAACGGUGCCUCACUCGAAACUCUCCCGUCCGGCUGGGGUGAGGUGUGGUCUAACAAUUCCUGUAUCAUUGGAAAUCCGAACAUUUAUGAAUUUGGAAGUUGCGAUCCUGACAAGUCACUAAAAGGAAUAGUUCCAUUUACAUCAAACAACCAGUUUUAUGCCCCAAACAAAGACAUUUAUAUCAAAUGCAAAGAUAAGAACUUUUCGCUGAUCGAGUAUCAGAGCAUGGGCUACGACGUUGGAUCCACUGUGAACGAUGUGGUGGACACUGACACUAUUGUAGCCUGGGGCAAGAAGAUCCUAGGCAUGUCUGGCAGCAGCAUGAAGCUACUAGAUCCACUUAUCGUGUUCAGCUUACUCUUUGCCUUGCAAAAGGUGCUGUGUGCAGGCUCUGGUGGCUCCCCUCUACCGAGAGCCAGUGCUAAGCCUGUCAAUGUGGACCCAAAGCUUGACUGUGCCAUCAAGGAGCUAGCUUGGGACUUUGGCAACCAACUUCUGACUGAACAGCCAAACAGUCAAGUACAUUAUGCCUACGAUGCACUGCAAUUAGCAGCUUGUAACAUUCCACCAGUUCCAAAGAGCUCCAAAAAACCUCUCCUGUCUGAAAAUAAAGUUCUAAAAAAUAACAAGGCUGACAUAACUAUUUAUGCUGACUCUAACAAUGGAGAUGACAACAACCCUGGAACUUCUGACAAACCAGUGAAAACUGUUUACCAUGCUGUCGACUUGUAUCGAGGUCAAAAGACCAAGCUGACAGACGAAGGAAUGAUUAUACUGGCCCCCGGAGAUUACUACCUAACUGAUACACUUGAUCUAGGACAUGAUGAUAGCCACCUUACCAUGCAAGGAGAUAAAUCGGAGCCAACACUCAUAAGUGGAGGAAAACAAUACACUUUUCAGUGGGACCAAUUCAUACACAGAAUGGAACCACAGAUGAACGGAAUAAAUGCUAUCAAUGGGGCAGUAUUAAAUCCGGGUGACAGUAGUUACAUGGCAACAUUUGUUAGCAGUAUGAACAGUUCUGACGAGUGCCAGAAAGCGUGUGCCCAGGAAAACACUUGCUUUGCCUACACAUGGCAUGGGCCUUCAACAGGAGCCUUUGCUAACAUGUGCUACUUCAGAGCUGAUGGACUAUGGGUACCUACAACAGAUCAAGGUUGUAUCAGUGGCAAGAAACUCAACAUAAUGGUGGCAGACCUCAGCAAGCAAGCCCCGAUUCCUUUCACCUCGUUAUUCAUAAAUGGACGAAGAGCUGUGCGUGCUCGAUAUCCUGAUGGCAACCCAGAAACCAUGGGUCUCCACACGAACCCGACUGGCUACGUAUCCAAAGCUGAUUCCUGGAUGCCACCACAAAACAAAGGGAAAUCUGAAGAGAUACAUAUUGAGAGUCCAGAAAGAAAUGGAACACAUUUCCCACAGUUUCAGAUCGGGAUUGGUGGGCCCGUGGCUGUUUUUAAUCCCCCACAAUCUUACUGGGGUACAACGCAUCCUACUGGAGGGGGUGGUUCAACAUACAUUAUCUCAACGGGGCUGGUUUAUUCUGCUCAGGAAGGAUUCGUUAAUCGCACAUGGACACAUCCAGAAACAGGAGUAGUUCAUGCGUUUCACUGUAAACAUUGGGGAAACUGGCAGUUUGCAGUGAAAGGAAGAGACAACACCAAGCGAGAGAUUCAGUUUGACUAUGGUGGCUAUCAAGAGGCCAGAGGAUGUUUAACAGGUGCUGAAUGGUAUGUGGAAAACAUUUUCGAAGAGUUAGACGCUCCUGGAGAAUGGUUUUACAAUGAAACGGAAAUGAAACUCUACCUUUAUCCAAACAGCACUUUGCCUACUAGUGGUGUCGGAACUGUACUCAAGAGGCUAGUCAAUGUACAAGGAUCAAUGGACUCGCCCGUUUACAACAUUGCUUUUAUGAACAUUACAUUUGCUCACACUCAACCCACGUAUUUAGAUUUGUACGAGGUUCCCAGCGGAGGAGACUGGUCCAUUCACAGAGAAGGGGCUGUGUUUGCAGAAGGUGUUGAGGGUCUAACAAUUCACAGCUGUCGGUUUGACUCACCUGGUGGAAAUGGCAUUUUUCUUAGCAAUUACAUAAGAAAGACUCUCAUAAAAAAUAAUGAAUUCUUUUUCACGGGUGACAGCGCAAUUGCUUCGGUUGGCUUAACACAAUUAAUCGAUGGAACAAAUGGCAACCAACCCCGUGGAAAUCUUAUUGCCAACAAUGUGAUGCGAGAGAUUGGAAUAUUCGGCAAGCAAACUUCAGCAUACAUUCAGGCUCUCACUGCUCAAACUACUUUCUCUAACAAUGUGUUCUUCAAUGGACCUCGAGCUGGUAUUAAUUUUAAUGAUGGAUUUGGAGGAGGUCACAAUGUAGUUCAUAACCUGGGUUUCAACAUGGUUCGCGAGACUGGCGAUCAUGGACCAUUUAACUCGUGGGACAGACAACCAUAUCUCACAAAGGUGAAGGAUGGAAUGACUCCGUCUCUACAACCAGCCACUACUAAUCUGACACAGAACUUUCUCAUAAAUAACUAUCACUCUGCUUUCCCAAUAGACCAUGACGAUGGCUCUUGCUACUAUUACGACACGUACAAUUUUCUCAUUUAUGGAGGUUCCAAAAGCCACUUUGGACGCACAAAAGUGGUCAAGUACAACUUAUAUAUCUAUCCUGAUGCGGUGCACAGCUUAGUGGAGGAAAGUAUUGGAAAAACUAUAGUUAUUCCCUUCUGUGCUUUUAGUCACGGUGCCUCAAUUGAUAUUCUUGGCUGGGGUGAGAUGUGGUCUAACAAUUCCUGCAUCAUUGGAAAUCCGAACGUUUAUGAUUUCGUAAGUUGCGAUCCUGACAAGUCACUAAAAGGAAUAGUUCCAUUUACAUCAAACAACAAGUUUUACACCCCAAACAAAGACAUUUAUAUCAAGUGUAAAAACAAAAACUUCUCGCUGGCCGAGUUUCAGAGCAUGGGCUAUGACAUUGGAUCCACUGUGAGCGAUGUGGUGGACACUGACACUAUUGUAGCCUGGGGCAAAGAGAUCCUGGGCAUGUGAUGGUGCUUUUAAUAAAUAAAGUACAUUUUAAUAUUAACUUUAGCAGCACUAGAUCUAGCUACUGAAAAAAUGAUUGUAUUGUUACUUCAGAUGGCUCCACCUAUGUAAUCAUCUGUUUUAUGCACAAAAUAAUAUUGUUACAAAGUA